AGUGAUCAGCUCAUUAUUAAAGUCAUCAGCAGGACUGCAGAGUCCAAAGUCCUUUUCGCUGCUGUGGUGAUCCGAAGGAGCAGGUGCUGCAGCAGGUCUCCACUCAGCUGCCCACAGUAGAUGCCGGGUCCGUGUCUCCAUAGGAACACCUAGAAGCUCUCUCCGGCCCACCAUCAGGAGGUAGGGUGGAUGAGCAGUCUGCUGUAGGAGUGGGCGGAGUCAGCUCCUUGCCCUCAUGGAUAAACUUCGAGAGUUUCCCCUUCUGUGCUUAAUUCACGUCAGCUGGCUGGUUCCCAUUCCAUCCAAACUCCUCAUAGGUCAUGGUGAAUCUUCAAACCAGGUCAGGGGGUGCAUCCACUUCGUGCUCGGCUAGGGCACUAAUUCUCCUCUGACGCCUCUAGCUUCUUGUCUUGGGGUGCAGUUUCCCUAAAAAAAUCCUCCCAGGAUCCACCAGGGUGGUUUUAUCUGCAUAUACAAAUGCAUAUGCAUUUGUCCUGGUCGUAGCCGAGGUUACUCCUGCUGAUGAGGUAGUUACAAAGGACAAUAGGGCUAUCUAGGUGUGGGCAGCUUCUUUUCACAUUUCAGUUAGGUAGGGAAAAGUUGCCAGGCAACUUUCCUUCAGGGCAGCUGUCCCUGCUCAGACUGGCUGGGGUGUGGGAGGGGGUUACUCUAGCCAGGAGAGGGUCAGUUGUGGGGUGGUGUGGGUUUUUUUGGGUUUUUUUUGGUUUUUUUUGUUUUUUUCGUUCCUAACACUACUAGACACCGAUCCAUGGUAAAGGUGUGUGAGGGCAGAGCCAGAGCAGCCCCGCGAGGAUGUCGUGGGGCUUUGCGGGGGUCUGGGUGCCCGGGACACCGCGCCUGACCUUCCCGGAGCGGAGCUGGCGCCGCUGCGGACGUGGCUGGGGAGCUCGGGAGAGACUACAUUGCACCCUGGGGGAUUUUAGAAAGAAGGGCGGUGCGUUAUAAUUACUGAAAGGGAUACAGAAGACCUUGUGGAGUCUUUCUGUUGAAAGGAGCUAUUAGCCCUCAGCUUGUGGCAUCUUUUGCAGGCCCAGAACCAGCUGGACAUCAGAAGCCGCUUCUGGUUAACCUGUGCCUGCCGAGCCCGGUGGGGCGAGCAGGGACAGGGGCCGUGGCGGGUGUCGCAGCUGGGGGGCCGGGCCAGGGCACUCGGUGUUGGGGCGGGCCAUCGUCAGCCGCCAACCCGGGCCCGGCGGCCCCUUCGCCCCUCCCCGGGGCCGGGCGCUCCCCGCGGCGAGGCGCUGGCGGCGCUGGAGGCGCUGAGGGCCCGGCGAGAGGCGCGGCGGGCAGCUGGGCGGGCAGCGGCUCCAUGGCCAGCAUAGCGUGCGAGGUGAUGCCCCUGCAGAGCUCCCAAGAAGAUGAGCGGCCUAUGUCACCCUUCUAUGUGAGUGCCCAUGUAUCACAAGUCAGUAGCAACAUUCCUGCUACAGGAGAGUAUUUAGAGAAGACAAUCCGCUCAGCCGUGGAACAGCAUCUCUUUGAUGUUCAUGGCUCAAGUGGCCAGAGUUCAGAGGACUCUGAAUCCGGGACAUCUUCAGCCUCUUCUAAUGUGUCUGCCAGGCAGAGGAGGCGACACCACAAAGAGCAGGAAGAAGCCCAGAGAAACAGAGACAUGGAAGUUGUCAACAAGGAAAACAUUCCCUCUGGAUUCAGCAGUCUUGAAGAUUGUAUUCUAGCUGCUCAAGAUGUAGAAAAAUUACAAGACACAAGCUCUGGAUACCUUAGUGAAAGGAAUAAAUCUAAACGGCAGAAAUCCAGCACCAAGCUCUCAGAGCUUAAUGACAACCAGGACAGUCCUGUGAAUAUGGAAAGCUUUAACUCAUCCAAGCCUAUAGACAGAACAGGACCUGAUGACAUGGAAAUUUUAUCUGAAGAAAGCAAAGAAAGCGAGAACGAUGAGGUUUUUUUCAGACCUUCUCAGCUGACUUCAAGUAUGAAGAUUCAGGAACAUCCAAGCAUGCCUGAAAACAAGUUGCAAAGAGAUGAUCAGGAAAACAGCUUUGUAUCUGAAGUGCCUCGGCUGGAUUUAACAUCAUUGUGUGAUGACAACAACUGGGAAGAGCCCAUCCCUGCUCUCUCCUCAUGGCAGCGAGACGGCUUAGGCUCAGAUGAGGCUCACCUUUCCCCACAGGCCGGGCAAUUGAUUUGCCAGCUUCUGGAUGAGGACAGCGAUCCCAUGCUGUCCCCUCGCUUCUAUGCCUAUGGACAGAGCAAACAGUACCUGGAUGAUACAGAAGUGCCUCCUUCUCCUCCCAGUUCUCAUUCCUUCAUGAGGAGACGGAGUUCGUCUUUAGGAUCUUAUGAAGAUGACAGAGAAGACCUUACCCCUGCACAACUCACCCGGAGGAUUCAGGGGCUAAAGAAAAAGAUCAGGAGAUUUGAGGACAAAUUUGAAGAGGAGAGGAAAUACAGACCUUCCCACAGUGACAAAGCAGCCAACCCUGAAGUGCUCAAAUGGACAAAUGAUUUGGCCAAAUUCAGAAAGCAGCUUAAAGAGUCAAAACUGAAGAUAUCGGAGGAAGACCUUGGCCCUGUUGUGCGUCAGCGCAGCAACACACUCCCUAAGAGCUUUGGCUCUCAGCUGGAGAAGGAGGAUGACAAGAAGCAAGACCUGUCAGAUAAAUCUGCCAAGCCUGCCGUGGAAGUGACCCUUGACUCCAUCCAGAAGAAGCUUCAAGAGAAACGAGCAGAGACAAAUCGACCUGAAGACAUUAAGGACAUGACACGAGAUCAGAUAGCGGCUGAAAAAGUGGCUCUUCAAAAAGCUUUGCUGUAUUAUGAAGGCAUUCAUGACAGACUGGUUACCAAAAAUGAACGGCAGGUGAUGAAGCCGUUGUAUGACAGGUAUCGCUUGGUCAAGCAGAUCCUCUCCAGAGCCAACACCAUUCCUAUUAUUGGUUCCCGCUCCAGCAGGCGGAGAAGCCCUUUGCUGCAGCCAAUUAUCGAGGGCAAAACAGCUUCCUUCUUCAAGGAGAUAAAGGAAGAAGAGGAGGGGUCUGAAGAGGACAGCAGUGUGAAGCCAGAUCUCACAAUUACCAUAAAAACAGAUUUCAGUGUGCGCAUCUUCUUGGAUCAACUAGAAGAUGAUGCUGAUGGCUUUGUUUCCCCGGUGGAUGAUAAGAUGCCAUCUAGGAGCAGUCGGGAUAUGGGGCUUUCAAAUUUCCAUGAAGCAUCCAUCCCUGAACUGUUAGAGCAGCUCCAAGAAGUCAGAGAAGAGAAAAAGCGAAUCAGAAAAAAAUUGAGAGACUUUGAAGAUAACUUUUUCCAACAAAAUGGAAGGAAUGUGCAGAAAGAAGACCGCACUCCCAUGGCUGAAGAGUACAAUGAAUACAAGCAGGUUAAGGCCAAGCUGAGGCUGCUGGAAGUCCUGAUCAGUAAGAGAGAUAUUUGCUCCAAGAUCAUGUAAAGGAGGAGAUUGUUUUUGCCAAUAAACAAAGAGGAGAGAGCACCAAACGGACAAAUGCAUGAAGUGGAUGCAGUGGGAGCCUGACUGGGAGAGCUGAGGAGCUCCCUGGGAACUGAAAGGUCAUUCCUAGAGGUGGGAGAGGGAGGAAAGGUGGAUUUCUGUCACUCUCUAUAUUUGCUGUUGCCCACUGUUUCUCCAGGCCUGAUGCCCAAAAUGGAGUUUGCCAGUGUAGGAGACAACGCUGCACUCAGUGACUGCACUGAAGGGAUCCUUCUGUAUUGAUUUGCUUACAGAUCCUGUAAUACUUAGAAUAUCAAAGCCAGCCAUGCUGUUCUUUUUUAUUCCCAGGAUAUUAUAGCAAGAGGUAAAAUAGGAUUAAUAGUAAUGAAAUAAUCAAACAGCUUCUACUUAAGUUGAACAGACAAAUGCCCUGACCAAUCUCAUGUUAAGGCACAGGUCAGGCAGCACCAAGACUGUUCCCUUGUAGCUACAGUAAAGAUUUGCUCAGACUUUUGACCUGUUUGGAGUCCAGCAUCUUCUGUUGCUCUAGAGAGAUGCUGUAAUAGCCUCCUGGUCAUCAGCCAGAGCUAGUGUGAGUUGCAGUUUUGCCCAGGCUUGAGUUGGGUUUUCAUCCCACAUUUCUGAUGGCAAAUUCAACCGAAGUAGAAGGAAGUACCUGCAUGUUUGGGAUAGUAAAGAAAAUGAGCCAUGUAGCCAGGUUCUUACCAGCUUGUUCUGCUUGGAGGGUGAUACUGAGAUCUUCUGACCACAUUUGGGCAACAGGGAAAAGGUUUUAAAAGCUUUAAGUCAGAAUCCCUUGGUAUUUUGGUGGUUGGUUAAAUAUCUGGUGUCAAAUAUGUGGUAGAUAUCUGGAAGACCCACCCCAUUUGUACGUGUGCUUAAUUGUGAUACUGACACCUGAGCCCAAGCUGAACAGUUCAUAUGGGUGUCCCACAAACUCACUCACCUAUAUUUUCUUCUUUUGUGCACAUCACCCCUGUGUGGGCUGCAGCAGCAACAUUGAUGGUGGCAGCAGAGGAUGGGCUUUUCUUCCCAGUGUAGGAGGUAUGGCAGUACAGAGGAUACCGCAGGGAACUAAGAGCAAUGGAGCUGUGCUCUGCCUGUGGAAAGGGCACCUCAAGUACAAGCUUUGACAAUUUACUGUUUCCAAAUUUGUUUAUGACUUUCAGAAAAGAAAGUCCUGGGACACCUGAUUUAGGUGCUCAUGUCAAACAGCAGGUGCUGCCUGAAGGAGAGAAAGGCCCCGAGAUCAGGGACACUGAGUCACUGGGGGGUCACAGUUCUGCCAUCCUGGGACACCUGGGCUUACUCUCCCACUCUAGAGGCUUAUGUGCACCCCUCGGUCUGCCCUGAGCCAGGCUCCACCUCCACAAAGGGGGCACUUCUGUAAUGGUUUCUUCAGCUCCCCAGGGGAUCAUUGCCAAUGUACAGAAGCUGAAUAGCCGAGAUGAAAUCCAGUGUUGGUUGUAGCCAGGCCUCAUGCAUGUCACACCAGAGGAGCCAAGAGGACUCCCAGAACAACUUCUCCCCCUUCUUUAUUAAGGGCAAGUGCGUUCACAAAUAGUUGUAUUUGGGUUGUGAUACUUAGAUUUAUCCCCUUUCACUUGCCAUGUGUGCUGCAUGUGUUCUUGCCAAAGUUGCUUCUGUUUUGGUCUCUUCAGGAUCCCUUGAACUCUUCCAAAGGUGGUCAUGGGUUGCAUGUGCCCUUUGCUAGUCAGGGUGGGUGUCCUGGUUUAGGGCAAAUUCCCCCAACUGGUUCAGGAAAAGAUUUCCUUGGAGAAAAAGUAGAAAAAACCUGUUUAUUUAACAAGCAAAUACCCACAAACAUAAAAAAUGAACAAUACCAAAAAAUAAAACCUCUCAUUGUUUUGAACAUUUGGCGAAUUCAUAAAGUCCUUUUCGUGAGGUGUAGCUCAGCUCACUGUCUUAAAGGUGUAGAACUUAUAUCCAGCAUAAACAGAACAGACGACUGCGGAUAAAAUGUCACUCUAGGACAUUGGGUAAGGCGGAGAUGUGUGUUAGUGAAAGCACUUGGGAUGGGGACUCACAGCUUGGUUUGGUUUUUUGAUUGCAGAAUUGCCUGUUCCAUAUAUAAAACUAGCAAAGACCAAAUUUUGUAUUUCCAAACAAUCCAGAGGACUUGUGUGCUGACCUAGGGCUUGGCUUUUCAGAGGUGCUGAGAUGGGAUCUCCUCCGAUUCUUGCAGUCUCUUAACUGGGCUGACAGAUUGGCUCAAAAAGUGCUUUGAAGGGAAGCCUGAGAAAGGUAAACCCCUGUCCCAACACAAGACAGCCCAGGAAACCAGUCGUGCCUUUGCCUGCUCCUGCAGGCCCUUCCUUUCAUUGUCAGCUCUCCCUAGUUAUUUUAGGGAAAGCAGCUGAGGAAAGCUGGCUGCAGUGUCACUCUGCUGGUAGAAGUGUGGGACGAGAAAAAAUGCUGGGUUACCAAAAGGUCCUUAGCACUGGCUCAUCUUUAUAUUGUUCAGGUCCAGUUCUAGAAAGCAAAAGCCUGGAUGGUGAGCAUGUGCCUCAAGCUGGCCUACCUUUGGUUGCUGAAGUAAAAUGGAGUAAAGCCUGUGUGCUUUGUUGAUUCUGGGCCUGGACAUGUUUAAAUGGAUUAGAGAAGCAAUUUCUGCUCUUUCUCAUAAUCAUGCAUUUUUUCAGUGUGCUGAGGCUCCCCACAAGUGUUUUCUCUGCUUAUUUUUAAAAGCCUGUUUGCACUAUGUACUGAUAAAUUAUCUGUUUUGCUGGUGUUGUGGGUUAAUUUCUUUCCUUUUGUUCCUUUUUAUAGAUUUCUUUCACAUAACCUGCUAGGAAACACUAAUGGCUGGGUACUUCAGAAAAACAGGGUACUUAAGAAAAGCAAAACAAGUGGCUAACCUCAGGGGAGGAGGGCAUCUGGUUGUACUUUUUACCUGGGAGAUUCUCUCCGAGGGGCAGAGACACGAGAAUUGUGCAGGUAAAAGACAGGGCUGGAGCAGCUGCUAGCUCUCUCCUAGCUUUGGAGGAGGAAGGUCGGAGGUGCUGCUUGGGGAAGGGAACUAGCUCCUGUUGCCACUAUCACCGCUUUCCUGGCUGCCUCUCCCAGCUCUGCUCUGGUGCCACUUCGGUCUCACCUUGCUGCCGCCACCAUCAUGAAGAAAAAGAAGAAGCCAAUCCUUCCCAUGCCCGCACCCCUGGGCUAUGUGCCAGGGCUGGGCCAUGGAGCCACGGGUUUCACCACUCGCUCUGAUAUUGGCCCUGCCCACAAUGCCAACGACCCCGUGGACGACUGGAAUACCCCGCCGGGUGGCCAAAUGAAGAAGAAGAACCAGACAGCAGAUUAUGAUGAUAAGGAAUUGAAUGACGAAAACUAUGAUGAGUUCAUUUUCUUUUUUUUCUUUUUUUUUUUUUUUUUGAAAAAAGAAGCUGUAUUUUAUACAUAUUCUCCAACAAGUAAUAAGGGAGUUUCUCCUUGUCUUGGUUUGGAAAGACAGGUAUCUGUCCAGGAAAACUGGAAUUUCCCUUGGAAUGGAGAAUGUAAAAAACCCCCGUCCUCCAAAUUAUUACAAAUUUGCAAUUAGGAGCUUUCAGGAAAAAAUAUGGGAAUAAGAAUAACAGUUUUUUACUAGGAAUAUUAAAAAAUACAAAUGCAGUAGUACAAAAAAAAAAACCCACAAAAAAAAAAACCAGAAAACAAACAAAAGUCCUAGAAAAGCAGUCCAAAUAAGUCUUCCUGGAGUAACAGAUGUUCUGUGAAGUAGAGAUGAUCCUGUAGAAAAAAAAAGGUCCAGUGCUGGCAGGUUGGGUCCGGUCUUCCUCCGAGGAUUCGGUGGAAAACCAGCUAAAUUGGUGUUUGGGAUGGCUGGGUUUAUGCUGGUGGAAAGGCUUUGGCUCCUCCCACUGAGUGGAGCAUCUCACAAUGGAAUAAAGUAAUGUUGUCAGUCAUGUGAGAGGCCUUAAAUGGCCCAUUCACAGGUGAUGUCCCUCGGAGGAGGAUGGAUGGAGGAAGGGAUAAGAAGGCACUGCCUUAUCUGGUGUUAUCAGUUAUCCCAUCAAUAGAAGGCAUGUGCCCUCUUCCCCCUCUAGAGUUACAAGAGAUAAAGAAUAUCUCCCAACCGGUUUCAACAGAUGAAAAUACAAUACACAUUUUUGGUUACAUUUUUCAACCCAGGACAUUAUCCACCUCUUAUUCUAUUAUUAUCUAUAUCAUAUCCAAAUCAAUAUACUCUAAUAUAUAUAUAUACACAUCCACAAUGAAACCUUAUACACAAUUCUCACUUAAGAUUAGGUUUCCCUGUGGCACACAAGAGGUUUCUCCAUCUUUCUGCAUUACCCACCAAGUAUAACUGGGUCCUUGAGCAAAAACAAUCCCACAGAUGGGUCUGCCUUUGCCUGAGGUGGGAUUAAUCCAAAGUCUUUCCUAACAUACCCUUCAUGUAAACCACCGGGACUUAAACUCCACCCACUGUGUGCAAGGGAUCAGACUGGGCAGGUCCACCUCAGUUGAUGGAUCCUCGAGUGUUCACCAUCCAGGUGGCUUUGACUAAGUUCACUUCCCAAUUCUUGAAGGUCCCUCCGCCAAGUGCCUUUAGGGUAUUCUUUAGUAGUCUGUUGCAUCGUUCUACCUUCCCGGCAGCUGGUGCAUGAUAAGUGAUGUGAUAUAUCCAUUCGAUGCCAUGUUCUAUGGCCCAGGUGUUUAUAAGGCUGUUCUUGAAAUAGGUCCCAUUGUCUGACUCAAUUCUCUCAGGGGUGCCAUGUCUCCACAGGACUUGCUUUUCCAGGCCCAGGAUGGUGUUCCGGGCACUAGCGUGAGGCACAGAGUAGGUUUCCAACCAUCCAGUGGUGGCUUCCACCAUGGUCAGUACGUAGCGCUUGCCUUGGCGGGUUUUGGGAAAGGUGAUGUAAUCAAUUUGCCAGGCUUCCCCAUACCUGUACUUCAACCAUCGUCCACCGUACCACAGAGGCUUCACCCGCUUGGCCUGCUUGAUUGCAAUGCAGGUCUCACAGUUGUGCAUGACCUGUGAGAUGUUGUCUAUAGUAAGGUCCACCCCUCGAUCAUGGGCCCAUCGGUAUGUUGCAUCUCUCCCCUGAUGACCAGAAGCAUCAUGGGCCCAAUGAGCCAGGAAUAAUUCUCCCUUGUGUUGCCAGUCUAUAUCCACUUGUGAUACUUUCACCUUGGCAGCUUUGUCUACCUGCUCGUUGUUGCGAUGCCCUUCAUUAGCCCGACUCUUGGGUACGUGUGCAUCCACGUGUUGAACCUUCACGGUCAGUUUCUCUACCCAGGUGGCAAUGUCCUGCCAAAUCUCAGCGGCCCAGAUGGACUUCCCUCUGCACUGCCAGUUGGCCUUUUUCCAGCGAUUCAGCCAUCCCCACAGGGCAUUAGCUACCAUCCAGGAGUUGGUGUAGAGAUAAAGCCUUGGCCAGUUCUCUCAUUCGUCAAUAUCCAAAGCCAGCUGGAAAGCUUUAAGCUCUGCAAUCUAACUCGAUCCACCUUGUCCCUCGGUAGCUUGUGCAACUCGUCGUGUGGGGCUCCAUACUGCAGCUUUCCAUUUCCGGUUAGUGCCUACAAUUUGACAGGAACCAUCAGUGAAGAGGACAUAUCGUCUUUCAGUCUCUGGUAGCUCAUUAUAUGGUGGUGCUUCCUCAGCACGUGUCACCUCCUCUUCCUGUUCUUCAGAAGAUAAUCCACAAGUCUCACCUUCAGGCCAGUUUGUUAUAAUUUCCAGAAUCCCAGGGCGAUUCAGGUUUCCAAUACGGGCGCGCUGUGUAAUGAGGGCAAUCCAUUUGCUCCAUGUCAUGUCUGUGGCGUGAUGUGUGGAUGGAACAUUUCCCUUGAAUAUCCACCCCAGCACUGGUAGUCAGGGUGCCAGAAGUAACUGCGUUUCAGUCCCAAUCACUUCUGAGGCAGCUUGAACUCCUUCAUAGGCAGCCAAGAUUUCCCUCUGUUGGGAGUGUAGUUGGCUUCAGACCCUCUGUAGCUCCGACUCCAGAAUCCCAGUGCUCAACCCCAAGUCUCACCAGGCACUUUCUGCCAAAGGCUCCAGGACAGACCAUGGUUUCUGGCUGCAGAGUAGAGCACGUUCUUCACCUCUGGUCCUGUCCUAACUGGGCCAAGGGCUACUGCAUGAGCGAUCUCCUGCUUGAUCUGGGCAAACGCUUGUUGCUGUUCAGGGCCCCAGUGGAAAUUGUUCUUGCGUGUUACCAGAUAGAGAGGGCUCACAAUUUGGCUGUACUCGGGAAUGUGCAUUUUCUAAAAGCCUAUGGCACCCAGGAAAGCUUGUGUUUCCUUCUUGUUGGUUGGUGGGGACAUGGCGGUGAUCUUGUUGAUUACCUCUGUUGGGAUCUGGCAAUGUCCAUCUUGCCACUUUACUCCCAGGAACUAGAUCUCUUGAGUUGGUCCCUUCACUUUACUUCGCUUAAUGGCAAAACUGGCUUUCAGCAGAAUCUGGAUAAUCUCUUCUUUCUCGAAGACUUCUCCUGUGUUCCCCCAUACGAUGAUGCCAUCAAUAUACUGUAGAUGUUCAGGAGCCUUGCCCUUUUCCAGUGCAGCCUGGAUCACUCCAUGGCAGAUGGUGGGACUGUGCUUCCACCCCUGGGGCAGUCGGUUCCAGGUGUACUGGACGCCCCUCCAGGUGAAGGCAAACUGGGGCCUGCACUCUGCUGCCAAAGGAAUGGAGAAGGCGGCAUUGGCAAUAUCGAUGGUCACGUACCACUUUGCUGCCUUGGACUCCAGCUCGUACUGAAGCUCCAGCAUGUCUGGCAUGGCAGCGCUCAAUGUUGGUGUGACUUCAUUCAGACCACGGUAAUCCACCGUCAGUCUCCAUUCUCCACUGGACUUAUGCACUGGCCAUAUAGGGCUGUUGAAAGGUGAAUGAGCCUUACUGACCACCCCUUGGCUCUCCAUUUUACAAAUCAUCUCAUGGAUAGGAAUCACAGAGUCUGUCAGCGCGGUAUUGCCGACGGUGUACAGUUGCUGUGGCGAUUGGUACUUGUUGUUCUUCAACUCUCAGCAGUUCCACAGCAGAGGGGUCCUCUGAGAGACCAGGCAAGGUAUUCAGUUGUCUGAUGUCUUCUCUCUCUACAGCAGCUAUCCCAAAAGCCCAACGAUAUCCUUUUGGAUCCUUGAAAUAUCCAUUUCUGAGAUAGUCUAUACCGAGGAUGCAUGGGGCCUUUGGGCCAGUCGCGAUGGGGUGUUUCUGCCACUCAUUCCUGGUUAAACUCACUUCGGCCUUGUCCUGGGGUGACAGGACAUUUUCAUGCUUUGUAUCCCAAAUCGUGGGGUUUUUUUUUUCCUGUUCCCAUGUUCCCAGUUUGUUUUGUCUAUAGCUGAGCCCCUCCCCCAGCUGCUUGCUUUUGGCUUGCUUGCUGCUAGCUUUAGGCUGCUUUGCUGGCUUUGCUCUCUUGCUUUCUGCUUUUUGCUUGCUUGUUGCCAUUUUUCUGCUUUUGUGUUUCCCCUUCUUUCCUCCCUCCCUUCCCUGAAGACAUCGGACCUGCUUCGGGCCCUGAUUCGGGAACGUCAAGGGAAAACCCCCCGGAGUCUGCACCUGAAAGAAGCUUUGGCACCCUCCCCAGCAGAGACUGCUCACCCUCUCUUGGACUGGUGAAAACAUUUGUUGUCAUCUCAGACUGUUUUUCUUGUGUUGGGGAGUGUUUUUUCAUUGUUUCUCAAUAAACAAGUUUUUUCCACUUUUCCUCUGAGGAAAUUCCUCCCGAACCCGGUGGUGGGGGAGGGAGUUGUGGGAAUUUUCCCCUAAAUUUGUCCUAAACUAGGACAGGCCUCCAAUACAGUCAGCUGCUGGGAUCGUCCUGUCACUCCAGAAACAGAAAUGGAUUCUGUUCCUACAUAACUUGAUGGCAUCAGGGUGCAUUGGGAGCCAGUGUCAGCCAAAGACGUAUAUUUUUGUGGGUCAGAUGUGCCAGGCCAUCGGAUCCACACAGUCGAAAAGAUCCGAUUGUCCCUUUCCUCUACCUGUCUAGAGGCAGGGCCCCUCUAUUCUUAGUCAUGCUGAAUGUUGCUUUCUUCCUGUAAAUAUGUUUCUGAGGUCCCUUCAAAAGGAUCAGUCAUAUCAUCAUUCUUAUACUGUCUGGAGUUCUGUGCACGAGAGACCGGAGCAGCGUUAACUCUAGAUGAGCUCCUUGUGGUAGGUGUCCCUCUUUUCAGUUCAUGUACCUGGGCUGCUAAGGAGGAGGUGGGUUUUCCAUCCCAUUUACUCAUGUCUUCUUGCUCCUGAAGACCAAAGGUUACCUUGUGGAGUGUAGCCUCUCUCCCUGGCUGGGGGACGCCUGCUUCUAAUGGCAGAGACUCUUGUUGGUUCUGGCGAGAUGUGGUAAAUUUCUUCCUUAAGUUCCUUUUUCAUUUUCUGAUGGCCCUCUUCAAUCAAGCUCCUGACUUGCUCAGCCAACAGCCUUGUUUCCACAGAUGAGACAUGGGUACAAAAUGGGGCAGUGACAGUGUCCUCGUAAAUUCUUUGUUUAUUGACCAAGGCGUCCACCCUGUCCUCACCUUCCCUCCAUUGCAGUGUUGCCAGGUAACGGGAGUACGUCUCUGGUCCAAGCCAUGCAAAUCUCAACCACAUCUGCAAUGUGCACUGGACACCAUCUGGGCUUUUAGGGAAUCUCUCGUCUUCUGAAAAAAUGAUCGCUGGAACAGCCAAUUCCCUCAGGCACCGGAUACCUUGUUCCAUUGUGCUCCAUUUUCCUUGGUGCACCUGGAGGUCUUCUUUACAAAGGUAUCUGUCCUUCACACUUGUCAGCAGUCGCUGCCAGAGGCUGACAGUUCCUUGGGUUCUCCCCAUCCCCUGGUCAAUGAACACAUCCCAGGACAGCGAUCCCAGUUGCCUGGCCUCACUUCCAUCCAGAAGGGUGUCAUUGGCUGCAGCAUCCCAGAUGUGAAGCAGCCAGAUCAGGAUGGACUCAUUUGUCUGGCGGGUGAAUUCCCUCCGCAGAUCACGCAGCUCACCCAGGGACAGAGAGUGAGUGAUGAUCUCCGGCUCUGUCUCUUCUUCUGGGUGCGAAGGUCCUGAUGCAUCCUCGUCAGUCACUAUGCGGACUGAUUUGCUCUUUGAUUUCUUCUUCUGAACAGGGGCAACUGCUACCGGUUUAGGCGGUUCCGGUUCGGUGAUGGUUUGUGUGGAGAUGCUGAUGGCGCCUUUGGUUCCUUCCUCCUCUGUGACAGCUUGUGUAGACACGGACACUGUUGCUUUGCAUUUGGUUCCUUUCUCCUCUGUGACAGUCUGUGUAGACACUGACGCCGUUGCUUUGCUAUUGGUUCCUUUCUCCUCCGUGACAGUCUAUGCAGACACUGAUGCCAUUGCUUUGCGUUUGGUUCUUUUCUCUUUCGUGACAGCCUGUGUGCACAUGGACGCUGUUGCUUUGCUUCUUUUUUCUUCUUCCUCAAGAAGACGCUGCACCACACCAUGUAGUGUUUUGUUUCUAAGCAUGUUGCAGGCCGUGCAGAGAAGACAAAGCAGAACCAACAACAACACUGCUGUCCUUGGCAUCUAGAGACAACUCAGUAUUUUCAAGAACUGCUGUUUCAGGCCUGAAAGGCUGGAAAACAUCAUUCUUUACCCCUCCCCACAGGGGCUGGGUGUGAUUGUAGAGGCCCUAGACGUAGCAUCCUAGACUAGAACAAGCAAACAAAAUUGAGUAUAUAUUCCAAAUGAUGUUCAUUGCCUCGGAGGUUAUCAUGCAAUAGACAAAAUACACCAAUAAAGCAAAUUUGAUACCCUACCCUUGUCUAAACAAGAGCAUUAAGACCAGCAGAUAGUGCCCCAUGUGCGGAAAAAUAUAGAGAGCUAGGUACAACACCCAUGUAAGCAUGCUGAGUAUCAUAGUGAACAGGUGUCUCCUUCAAAAAAAAAAAAAUUGUAAUUCUGACUUUUCUCAGUAGCUCUUCUGCCCCACGUUGGGGCCAAAAGUAUGUGCUGGUUUGAAAGCAAAAUCAGUGAGACUCCAAGUCAGAAAUACAAUUUAAUAGAAAGAGAACAAACAAGAAGAAAGAUAAAAAUAAAAAUAAAAAUAAAAUAAGACAAAUGCAGUAGUACAAAGGACCACUGACAGAGUCAGAAUGCAAACCUGACACCCUGUUGGUCAGGGUGUUGGAAGCAGCCUGAAGUAAGUCCUCCCAGAGUGACAGUUGUGGCUCCGUAGAGAUGAUCCUCAAAAAAGGGUCCAGUUGUCCUCUGGGAAUCCAGUGGAAACAGGCUCCCUUGGUGUUUGGGAAUGCUGUUUUUUUCUCAGUGGAAAGGCUUUGGCUCCUCCUGCUGGGUGGAGCAUCUCACAAUGGAAUGAAGUAAUGUUAUCAGUCAUGUGAGAGGCCUUAAAUGGCCCAUUCACAGGUGAUGUCCCUCAGAGGAGGAUGGGUGGAGGAAGAGAUAAGGAGGCACUGCCUUAUCUGGUUUUAUCAGUCAUUCCAUUAACAGAAGGCAUCUGCCCUCUUUCUACCCCUAGAGUUACGAGAGAUAAAGAACAAUAUCUCCCAAGGACUUCAACAGAUGAAAAUAGAAUACACAUUUUUGGUUACAUUUUUCAACCCAGGACAGGAACCUUUCAUACCAAGGUUGUUUUUGCAUGGGAACUUGCAAGUUGCGUAACUACUCUCAGAAGAGAUGACAGGCUAGGUAUUAAUUUAAUAGAGCAGGCCUGAUUUUAUGAGGCCUUUCUUUUAUAAUUCUUCUACCUGUCACAACAUACAAUCACAAGAAAGUCAGGAGGUUGGGAUAAAAAUAGUACACAUCACAAGUGUAGAAAAUUGAAGACAGUGUAUAAAGGGUUCCAAACAGAAAGCUUUCCCUCUGAUGAGUUUGCUUUUUUCUAUCUGCACUUGGAGGGAGCCAUCCCAAACCUCCCAGCCAGAGGCAGUCACAGCUGUGUAACAGCCCAGUCUCCCAACAACUCUAAACAUAUGUUCUUCCUUCAAAAGGGCUUUCAGGGAUUGCUGAGUUUUGCCUUGUUACUUUAAACCACCAGUGUGCUUAAUGAACUCAAGACACCGAAAAGAAUAAGCUUUACUAUAUACAUUUAAAAAUUGAGGAAAAGUUCUCUAAAAAUAUGCUUUUGAAUUUGACAAAAUGCUCCAGCUGCUCAGGUUUUAGGAAUACCUCCAGACUGUGCAGCAGCUUGUUAGCAGAGACCAAACUAAAGGACCUAAAGAAGGAGAGCCAGCCAAGACCUUUCCCUGUGCUGCUAGGCUGUUCCCAAAACUCCACCCAUCUUCUAGGACACUCAGUGUAUUCCAACAGCAACAACCGAGAUCUGCUGAUAAGGAACCAACAUCAGAUGGGCCAAACACUAAAGGGAGACAGGGAACAAAUGCUGAGGCCAAGAACAGAGGGACUGCCACAUGUCAGAAUCCAUACAAGCUGAUUAAAACUUGUGUUUGAGGGGGGGAUCAGGAAUCAACAUGGAAAUGCCAAUAGAGUCUCACAAGAAUGCUCCUGUCUCCUAUGUGACACCAGCUACAAUGUUCCCGUGUGCCACAGAGGCUGAUGUCCAUGCUGAGGAUAAAAGGAAACAGCUUUUCCUUUUGGGAGAAAGCUCUUUCCUAUCAUCAUCCAUGUCCUGUCUGUCUUGGUUUAAAAGACAGGUGUCUGCUAAGGAAGGCAGGAGCAAAGCAGCUGGGCCAGCAGGAAUGAGCAAAAAUCCCAGGGUGGUAGACGAGAUGUAUCAGAAACUCCGAAGCUGUGUCUGGAACAGUGGGAUGUCCCGGCAAGCAGGGGGUGCGGGGCUACCGCGUAGCAAAAGCUCAGAGCAGUGCCAAAGAGGCAGCCAAGGGUGGGGCAGCAGUGAUCCGGCUCUCAGCAGGGCAGAGAGAGGCAAGCUCAGUAUCCCAGACACCCGAGCAGAUGGUGAUAGGUCUCUCUUUUAGUGAGGUAGGUGUUGAUAAGUUCUCAGUUCAGUGGCUGCUCUCACAAGCAGAAGCUCACCCCAUGGCAGAAGAAACAGCUCCAGGAUGGGCUCUGGCAGCAGCAGCGAAUUCCCCAAGAAGAACCUCCGACCUUCCUCCUCCAAAGCUGAGAGAGAGCUGGCAGCUGCCCCAACCCUGUCUUUUACCUGCACAAUUCUCGUAUCUCUGCCCCUCGGAGAGAAUCUCUCAGGUAAAAAGUGCAACCAGAUGCCCUUCACCCCUGAGGUUGGCCACUUGUUUUGCCUUUCUCUACAAACCCAGUUUUUUUUAAGUACCCAGCUGUUAGCGUUUCCUAGCAGGUUAUGUGAAAAAAAUUCUAUAAGUAAAAAGGAACAAAGGGAAAGAAACUAACCCCCAACACUGUCCUUCAAAAUCUGUGUCACUGAAAGGGCAAAUGCACCACGAGCAGGUCAAUUCCUAUAGGAACCUCUGAGGCAGCUGAGGCCAGCACACUCUAGAAGGUGUUUUUCAGCUUGGCUGCCACCAGCACAAGAAUCUCUCCAAUGUUUUUCUGCAAAUUUUCUAUGUCCUUGGAGACAUCACACCAGAGCUGCCUUUGGCAAGGUUCAGCAUUCUCACAGAGCUUCCUCACCUCUUCUUGUGCCUCCGUGCCGUGCUGGAGCUCAAAUUUGUACAAGAAGGCCCAGGCAUCCCCCAGGUCAGAAUCUAUCUUCACGGUGCAGUGGAACCACUCUAAGGCCUUGGUUAUUUUAUGCUCACUCCAGAACAGCUUGGCCUCAGCCAGCAGGACCUAUGGGUCAUGUUCACACUUCUUGAGAGCAUCCACACUCUUGGUCUUUCAUUGCAGUCGCGCUUCAAGGAAAAUUGCUUCUGACCACAGAAUUCCUGAACUGGUGCACUCUUGCAGUGCUUUGGCCAUCAGAGUGUUAGCAAUGUUCUUCAGCCCAGCUCGGUACUCCAAGUGCACAGACGCCAACCAGAGAUCUGGAUUCUUUGGAUUCUUCAGGUGAGACUUUUCCAGGAUGGCUCUUGCUCUAGUCAGCUGCCCAACUUUCUCCUUCAGCCUGGACAGCAAAAGCCACAGGGGUAUGGAAUGGGGGCACUUCUUCAACCCUUGAUUAUAAGUCUCCCGUGUUUUCUCUAACAGCACUUUUUGUUCUUCAAUUUGUCCUUUCAUCAUCCACAGUUUGGGGAAGUCCUCAUAGUGCUUCAGGGCUUUCUCACAGAGCUCCUGGACUGCAUCAAUGUUGCCAAGCAUCCAUUCCAACUUCACAGACUUCAUGAAGACCCUUGCUGUGGGGGCAUUGCUGCGAGCCUUUGCCAGCAACCUCCUUGCUCUUUCAUACUCGUUCUCUGACUUGAGCUUCACAGCAGCCAGCCAGAUCUCCUCGCUGUUGGGGUUGGCCUGGAAAGCCAGGGUUAAGAUGCUUCUGGCUGCUAGCACAUCUCCUGCCAGCCACUUGGAUUUGUCUCCCAAGAGCCACAGCACCUCUGCUUUGGGAUAGUGAGCAACAGCUCUCUGCAAGAGCCUCCAAGGAUUCUCUGAUUCCAUGGUUCUUUUCAAAGUAGGCUGCUCGCAGCCAUGUUGGGAAGGAUGAAGUAGAGAGGCCUGGUAAAUAUGAUGAUUUAGAUUCUGGGAGUAUGAGACCAACAGGUGAGAUAGAAAUGAAGGCAAGCUUUGAGAUGUAAAAUAUCAAGCCAUAAGCUAGUGAACAAUAGUGUGCCUAGCUGAGGGCCAUCUCCCUUGAUUAAACAAUACCUAUCGAGAUUUCUCCCGAUAACUCCGAGGGUCCAGCCAGCGGAGUAAUGGCUUAAUAAAAUAGCGAGACGGCUUCCCAGGAUAUGCUUUGUAAAAUAAAAGUUUUAAUAACAGCAAAAAUAAUAAACAUUACAAAAUGAAAAGAGAUAAGCUGAGCACAGUGUACCAAGCACAGCUACACAGGCUAAGGCACUCCCAAAAAGCCUCGUGUACCCUUAUGCAGGCCCUUUAGUACUCGAUGGUCUAGGUGGGCUUAUUUGGCUCUUUGCCCAAUGAGAUGGACACUAGACUUUGAGGUGCACUUCCAAAGCCCUAUCACUGUGUCUGUGCUGGGACUGAGCCAAUUACAGCGAGCAGGCUAUAGAAAAUUCUAGCUUAACUUCCUUAUAUGGAAACACCUGCUCGGGUACAGAAAUGCACGACUACAUCUCACCCUGUAAAAUCAUAUUAAAAAAGGAAAAAAAAAGAGAAAUAGUUACUUUGAAAAAAUUCUCACUUUUGUUCAUAAUUGUGAUUGUGUCAAUAACUUAUUGUUAUUUAACAAUUUGGUUUAUAGUUAAGCUGUAGUUUUAUGGAUUACAAAAUUUUAAAUUUGGUACUUUCUUUUUUGUUAGCCAAUAUUUUAAAAUUAAUAUUUAGUCUCAAAUUACAUAUGAACCUUAUUUUACUUUUUUGUUUGGGGAGAUUUUUUCAAGUGAACUAUAUAUUUUUUUUUUCCUUCUGCAUAAAGAUUUGAUAAUAACUUUUAACAUACAACAACAAACAAUUUUGACAUGACAAUAAUAACUUCAAAAAUUUUAACAGUGCAACUUUUAUAAAACUUAAGUCUCUGCUUCAAACGUAUUUCAGUGUCUAUAGUGCUGGGCUGUGUCAAAAUGCAGAAGUCUUUUUGAAGACACAGUCUGUGGUCCCUCUGUGUCCUUUUGCAUGCUCUUCUUGAGGUGUGUUCUGCUCUCCUUUCCUCUUUUGUAGUUGUGACUCAACUUCUUUUGCAGGAACUUUCUUAGAGUCUGUACCUGUGGAGACAAACAAAACCUCUCUCCCUGCCAUAAAGGACAGGCUCUAAAAUUUGUCUUGUUUUCAGAAUUUUUAUGAAUAUGAGAGAUUAAAAAACAUAUAUAUAACUUUGUUCAACCUUUCUAUAAUAGAAAGCACUACACACUCUCCCAUUUUUAUCUUUUAAAGAGCAUUCUUAGCUAUUUGUGUGCUUUUAAACAAUAGAUUGGCUUUUGAAUGAAUUAGUUAUAAUAUGUGGUAGACUUGAUAUGUUGAAAAACUUCUGUAAUUUUAAGAACUGUACAUUUAGGAAUGAGAAAUGUUUACAAGAGAUGUUUUAAUUGUGUUUUUUGGUCCUUUUCUCUUUUAUGUGUUGAGGUAGAACAUACCCUAAAAAGUGUGUGGUUAGACAAGUGAACCUGUUUGAAUUGUUUAAAUGGUUGAUAUUGCAUGAUACUUGUUUUUAAUUUUGAGGGUUAACUUUUGCUGCUAUUGAUGGCGUAGUUAGUGUUUGGUAGUUUGGGCAUGGUUGCACAAUUGUCUUAAUUUGACUUUGAGAUAUAUGCGACACUUUUUACAAGAGCUGAUGUAUUUUGAUGUAUGGUUAAAAGUUUGCUGUUACAUUGCUGUUUGCUAUAAAACUUAGGAGUUUAGUGUUUGCUUUAACAUGUGACACAAUACAAUUGCUAUUGAGAAAAAAGGAAAAAGAUUAGUAUUUUAAUGUAAAUUUUACAAUUGAUUAGAACCUUUUCUUGAGAGGUCUCCGCUCCCUCUACUGAACUUGCAACAUAAAAAUUUGUAAACAUAAAAUAUGAACUUUGAAAAACA